AUCAUCUGAAGAACAUGCGAAAAUACUCAUUAAAUAAAGUUAAUUAUCUUUUAAUGGACCUAGUUUAAUUUAUUUAAAUAGUUCUUGUUAUUGUGUUAUUGCGAUUUAUAUAUUCCUAUGAUAUAUUUUUUCCUAUUAUAUAUAUAGUGGAUAGAAAUAGACAUUUUCUAUCCAAACUGAUUGAGAUAGAAAAGUUUCUUCUGGACUUUUACAAUACGUAAACAUGUCUGAGAAGCCAGUUGUAGCUAGUGGAAAUCAGCCUAUCGUGAAGAUAGGCCACUAUACUUUAGGCGCCACCCUUGGAGUAGGGACAUUCGGUAAAGUAAAAAUAGGUGAACAUCAACUUACCAAACACAAAGUCGCUGUGAAAAUUUUGAACAGACAGAAAAUAAAAUCUCUCGAUGUUGUUGGCAAAAUAAGGCGUGAAAUUCAAAACUUGAAACUGUUUCGUCAUCCCCACAUCAUCAAAUUAUAUCAGGUAAUAUCUACACCAACAGACAUCUUUAUGAUAAUGGAAUAUGUUUCUGGUGGUGAGCUCUUUGACUAUAUUGUUAAACGAGGGAAACUACAAGAGCAUGAAGCUAGAAGAUUCUUCCAGCAGAUCAUAUCUGGUGUUGAUUACUGCCACCGUCAUAUGAUCGUACACAGAGAUCUGAAGCCAGAGAAUCUCUUAUUGGAUCACAAUAUGCAUGUGAAGAUAGCAGACUUUGGUCUAUCUAAUAUGAUGUUGGAUGGUGAAUUCUUGCGUACAUCUUGUGGUUCACCAAACUAUGCUGCACCAGAGGUUAUCUCAGGAAAAUUAUAUGCAGGCCCUGAAGUAGAUGUAUGGUCUUGUGGUGUUAUUCUCUACGCACUAUUAUGUGGCACACUACCAUUUGAUGACGAACAUGUACCUACAUUGUUCAGGAAAAUCAAAUCAGGAAUAUUCCCCAUACCAGAAUAUUUAAACAAAUGUGUAGUGAGUCUGUUAUGCAUGAUGCUACAAGUAGACCCAAUGAAGAGAGCAAGUAUAGAGGAUGUUAAGAAAUACGACUGGUUCCAGAAGGAAUUACCCGAUUAUCUGUUUCCAUCACCUGUGGAACAGGAGAGUGGGUUUGUAGAUGUAGAAGCAAUAGCCGAGGUGUGUGAGAAGUUUGGUGUAAAAGACCAGGAGGUGCACACCGCAUUGUUGAGUGGCAACCAGCACGACCAGCUUGCGAUCGCCUACCAUCUCAUUAUUGAUAACAAGAGAAUCGCUGAUGAAGCUGCUAAAGCCGAGAUAAAAGACUUUUAUAUUGCUGGUCAUUCUCCACCGAAUACUACAGAGCCAACAAGGCCACACCCUGAACGUAUAGCUCCGCUGCGCAGCAAGGAGUCCCCCAGUGCGCUACCCGCACAGGACAAGCAGAGAGGCACACCAGUUAAAAGAGCGAAGUGGCAUCUCGGAAUAAGGUCCCAGAGUAAACCAAAUGAUAUAAUGUUAGAAGUGUUCAGAGCUAUGAAGGCGUUAGACUAUGAGUGGAAAGUCAUCAACCCAUAUCAUGUCAGGGUGCGUACAUUAAACAAAAAGACGGAUAAAUUCGUCAAAAUGUCACUCCAACUGUAUCAGGUUGAUUAUAAAUCGUACUUACUCGAUUUCAAGUCACUGUCAAGUGAGAAGGAGGAGUACGAUGAGGAUUCAGCCUCCACUUCGGUGGCUUCCACACCCCCUACCCCUAUCACCAUACCCUCAGCGCCCCAAGGUCACCACACUAUGGAGUUUUUUGAGAUGUGUGCAGCACUCAUCAUACAACUUGCACGAUGAAUUCAUCGAAUACUAACUUAAACUUAUAAAUAUUUAUAUAAUCUAAAAUGUAGAUAAGAAACCUUUUUUUUAUUAUUGCUUUCGAUUAUGGAAUAAAUUUGCCCACAUAUAAUAGAUUCUGUAUCAUUAAAGAUAGUAAGGUGUAGGUUAAGGGUUACCAAUGCCCUGGGCUUUAGAUUUCUAUGUUGCCCCCUUUUUACCAUGCCUAGGGGAAGGGGGAUUUAAAAGGUACAAGAUAUACGCAGACUAGUGAUGCCCUCUUGGAGGGGUGCGGGGUUUAAGAGGGCUACGGGAUAUACACAGACCUUUGACGCCCUGGGCGGUCGUGUUAUCGCGCCCUGGGCGGUCGCCCUACCGCCUACCUACCCUAAUACUGGUAUUAAGGUUAUAAUCAUUUAGGUAUAUAGAAUAAAUAUUAAAACUACCUAAAAACCCAUUCAUUGAAAUAUUUGCUUAAUUGUAUUAUAUUGUUGGUUGUAAGUGUUAAAAAAAAAUUAAACUGUAUUGCUGAGUACUUACCAAAGAGAGUGAUUAAGAAUUAAGUGCCUUGAGUAGUUAAGUGUUCAUUUUAUGCCUUUUAUAAUUUAUUGAAAAAAUCAUUUUCCUCGCUUCUAUCGGGAAUAAGGGAUGCCUCACGUAGAAAUUAUAUGUUUGUCUUGAGUUUUAUCAGCAUAGAGGCAUGGCACGGCAUAGAUUAUUUUGCAUUUUAUUUAAAUGCAAUUGAUUUAAAAAGCUUAAAUAUUAUUAUUAUAUAUAAAGAGUAAUGUUUAAUAUAUGGGCAUAUGAUAAAAUCGUACAAAAAUAAAUGCACUUAAUUAUGUAAUAUAAGUUAUGUUUUAACCAAAAGGUAUUAGGGAUGUAAAGAUAUGUAUAUUAGAAUUAAUUAAAUUAAAUCAUAAUGGAGUAGACUGGAAUCAUGUUCGUGAAAUAUUGUUAACUUAUUUUAACUUAGUAGUAGCGACUUGCGCGAUGAAACUUAACAAAAAUCAUUAAAACUGAUUAAAUACUU